AUGGCAUGCGGCAUGUGCCUUUGCAGCUCGGUGCAUUGCCACCACCUGUGGUCAUCAGCCCACCCCCGCAGCCGGAAGUUACCGUGGGACAGACUCCGAAGGUUCCGAGGACAACCAGUCCUACACCGAGCCUCAGAAGCCCUCGAAGCCCUCGAAGCACAGAGGAGCCAAAAGAACCUGAGCCUGCAACCAGCAGCAAGGUGGGGCCAUCAGAGGCGCACAGCGGCGGCGAUGCCACCCAAGAAGGAAGUUGUUGAAGCGCUAUUGCCUUUGCAAGCAUCUCACUGGCGGCAGCUGCUGGAUUUCGGUGCAGGCUUUCGAAGCUUUGUCCUGGCAUCGAACCCCGUGCCACCGCCCUUGCCGUGCACGCUUUUGAUCUUCCUUGUGCAAGUGUUCUUUGUGCGCUCGAAGCCUGCCUGUCCAACGGCGGUGGAGGGUAUGCCUUUGGCGUAUGUGCAUUUCUCUUUGCUGAUGCGGCACUUGCUCCAGCGCACGCAGCCCGGUGAAGGGCGGUCUGCGGGGCCGCCGCUGGCAGUGAAGUUUCUGGUCCGGCUUGCAGGUGCCCGAUCUGUGGCGACCUUGCUGCAAAACUGUCAAGGAGAUGGCCAGGCUUGGGUGGCAAACUUCAAUGCUGCUUGGGAUGCGUGUGGUGAAGAUGUGCUUGCAGAUUGUAUGGUGCUCCUGGGAGAAUUGUACCCUGGAGAGCGGGAGGUUGAUGGAGUGGAUGAAGCAACCAAAGCGUCGGAGAGGAUGACCCUUGCUAGUUUGCUCAUUGGUGCGGCACUGCAAUGCAGCCUUCAAAACUUGCAAAGUUCGCCUCGCGAACAGAAGCAGAAGAGUGCGAACACAUGCAGGCCGGACGCGCGUGCUCUUUAUCUUCGGCCUGAAGAUGGUGCUUGGUCGUGCAUCCCCCGAGAGGACCACAAAGGGCUGUUUGCCAAAGCGUUGCACUGCUCCUGUUCAGUGCGGCCACCUGGCGGAUCCACUGUUGAUCGCUUUCUGCUUUCGAUGCUCGACAUCCUGAUUGAGUCAAAGCCCUCUAGGCCCAAGGAUGCGGUGGUGAAUCCAGAUCACUCGGAUAGCUUGGAGAUUCGUACUUUUGCUCGGCUUCUUCGAGUGCUUCUGCAGGCCUAUUUCAUUGAUCCGGCUCUUUUGGCAGCAGCUGAGAGCGACGCUGAAGGAGCUCGAUUGGCUGGAGCUUUUGCUGGCCCGUCUGACCCCUCCGAGCUGGUGCCAGUGCUCCAGUCCGGUCCAUUGCGGAGGAGCUUGGCCUUCAUGGAGCAGUCGCCGCUACUGCAAGUGGUCCAGCGCCGCCUUUGCGGCGCUCCCUUCGACGACGUCUUGGGUUCCACGGAGCAGCUGCAGCGCUUCGCUCUGCGAGAGUUGCGCGUCGCCUGGUUCGACCUACGCAGGUCCACUUGCACGCUGAAGCGGGGCACGCCACCUGGCACGCUGUUGUUGUUGAUGAAGCCCUUGAAGUUGCAGCUCUCAUGCGCGUGCGAAGCAGACUUGGCAAGCUUCCCUUACAUGAGCCUGGCUGCUGCCGCCCAGGUCACGGUCCGUGAGCUGAAAAUGUCCACUGCAUUUGUCUUGGGGCAUGCUGGUCUUAAACUGGAUGGCCUUGGCGUUAGUGUGCCCGAACUGGAGAUCAAAUUGAGUGACGCGACAUUGCUCUCAAGGAUUGCAGUGUCUGCCAUCCUCUCCAUCUUCCAGAGCACCCUCCAGGACUGUCCAUCGGCAAGGACGGCAGUCCAAGGCGUUUGGGUUCUGCACAAAACCAGCAAAGAUCGAGCUUUGAGAGCUGGGAGGAUUCGGGAAGCAUAUUUGCGUUGUUUCUGUGUGAACUUACGGCAUAUAUCGGCAUAUUAG